AUGGAAAUGCAUUAAAAGAAAAUCAUUUCUUUUCCAAAUUUGAACUACUUCAAGAGUUCAAAUUUUUGGAGGAAGACAUCGCUUUUCAAACCUUCGUAAAUUCGAAACUUUUUCAGAAAUGUUUUCAGUCAUUUUUCCACUUUUUCGACCUUUCUUUUUUUUAACUUUUUCUUUCUAUUUUACACAUAUUAGGACAUUUUUGCCCUUUUAUUGGAAUGUGGGUCCUUGUACCCCUCCUUCUUAACUUGUUUUUCCUUGUUUGGGACCUUUUUAUUUGUUUCUAUGCAACCUGAUCAAGUGAAGAAUUAAAUCCUCAGCCAGAACCUGCUUGCAUUUUUUUCGGUGUUGGUUUUCACUGUCUUUAGUAACUGCCGUUGGUGGCCCAAUUCGCCAUCAUGAGAUUUUGAAUUUUGCCGCGCUUUGUGGCGCUCGUAUUGGUUAGAGACCCUGUAUUGGUUACUGUGUCCACCAGUUAUGCUUAAAAUUCCAUGGAGAAGGCGGGAAAAGCCACACCUCUACAUUGCUGUUAUUGUUCAAAAGAUAUUGAAUAAAAAAUCCAUGAAAAUCGAAGCCAUCGCUGAAGGGUCUUAGGUUGUCGUGGUCUUGUUCUGGGCAGAAGGUCCCGGCACACACACCUUGUAUAAUUGAAAUGAUAGAUUAUGAUUUUUGCAGUUGUUGCCACUUAAACUUUAUCCAAUAUUUGAUCUACCAAGAAAUUUGAAAAUCAAAUUCAACUCCCUUUUUCUUCAGUUUGGGAUGGUCUGCAAAAAAGAGCUGCUGUGGAGCUUCAUUUAUGUGCAGGCAUGGGUUUAAUCCGACCCAAAUUCCUUUUCGAACCAAAGCACCCUCAGCAACAAAAAGAGCAGGCUUCAGAAGAGAAUCAAUUGUUAAUUAUGACAUCGUGUUUGAGCUAAUAGGGGCUAAAGCCACCUUUCCUUGAUGUAACAAUUCUUUUUGUAAUAUUGAAACUUUAUUUUCUAUCUUUCGCCUUUUAUUUCGGCUAAGAAGGCAACUUAUUUUGGAUGUUCACUAAUGACGAUAAAACAAUAAAGUGGUGCAAAUGUAACAAUAUUUGAAAUCAUAAACACAUUUAAAGUUUUGAAAAGCAAGCGCAAUUUUCAGCCCCGCGCUUCUUUCUUUAUGAUUUUGGGAUGUAUAUAAAUUCAAGUUUCCUCAAUUGCCAAGGGAGAAACAAAACAUUAUCAGCCACUCUGGAACGUGAAACAAGGAACGAGUGAUGGUAUUUUUUUUGUUCUUUGGGUCGUUACAAUUACACCAUUUUAAAAUGUAAUGGGAUUGCAGAUCCUUUUUGAAAAAAAGGAAUGAAUUGCAGUAAUCUCGUUACUACUGCCCUGGCAAAAAUAUAGACCAAGUGCCGCGCCAACCUGCUCCAUGCAUGAUAUUAGAUUUGUAAUUUAAUUCAUUUUUUACUGGCUUUCAAAAAUCCAAGAUUCGCUCCUUCACUUUGUAAAAUUGGGCUCUGGCCCUGAAACUAUUUCACGAGAUUUUGUCAUAAAUUUCUAGAAACAAGCUUCAAUUUAUUCAAACAUUUCAAAAAAAAAGUCUGUCGCUUUUGCGUACGGUAUUGACCAGACAACGGAAAAGCUAUCUUUACAAAUCACAUUUUUUCACGUUUUUAGCCUUAAAAUCGACUUUUAAUCACCUGUUUGCCUAUGCCACUAAUCUAAACAGGUUGCAUGUUGCGUUUCAAAAACAGCUUUUUGAUCAAGUGACUCUUCCAAUGCUUGAGUUGCAUCGAAUUUCUAUUUUCUCUGUUCUAAACUAACGCACCUAGCACAUCACAAUUGAUGAAUGAAUCAUCUUGAAAAUAGAAAGCCAGAAUGACCAAAAUUUCCAAGAAAUUUGCAAUUGCGUCACCUUUUUUCCUGACAAUCCCACUUGUCAUUGUAAACGUAGAAUGCCGUUAGCGAGGAUGCUUUUGUAUUUUGAUUCCACCAAUUUAUCUGCAAUUUUAUCUGGCGUUCUACAAAUGGGCUUUUUUUCAAUGAUAAAAAGUCAAAUGAUUCCGAAUCAGAAUUUCUACGAUUCAUGACUUAUUGUGUGGUAUUGUGGCACCUUAGCCUUGGUCCAGUGAGAACGUGCGAUGCGUUCAGAAGAAACCAGACGACUCGGUUGUACCAAAUAAUGCUGGAACCAAGGCCAAGUUUCGCUCAACCUUCCGCUCCGUUCCGCCUCAAUUAGACAGCCAUUCCCAUGGACUAAAUAUAUUUUUUUGAAAUUCCAAUUUGCGAUACAGUAUGUAGCCUACAUAAUGAAUUCUGAAGACGCCGUUCUUUCAGACUUCCUAAUCGCAUCUUUUUUCCUUGAGGACAAAGUCAUGCAUGAACAGCUUUCUCCAAAGUAUUUUGGCAUGUUUCACUCUUCCACCGGUUUCAAUGGCGAAGAGUUUGAUGAUCGUCUUGUCCAAAUGCCCAAAUUGAUGAUCUCAAUCAAUCGUGUCAAGCACCACUACCAACCACCAUUGAGGUUGCUGUGUUGAUGGCAAGUCCUUAAUGGCCAGGACCUUUUGCCUGUCCAGCCUUUGUCACAUCAUCUCUCACAAAGGGUGCGUGACUCGGGUAACAAGCGAAGGUUGUCCCCCCAAUGAGGUCGAAACAACGAUGUAACGGUGAUAUCUCCAAUCAGAUUUACGCUACAAAUGACUGGAAAAUCGUGAUAUGCAUUUCGGAGCCUUGAACAAGAAAUAACGGGCCAUGAUGUCCUCAUUCAUUCUUUGGGUUCGUGAGACCGGAAAAUGGGGGAUCGCAUUGCAUUAGAUGGAAGUGCAAUUGUGGCAAAAUGAAAUUCCAGGUUCCGACAGCCUAAUCGCCUCCUUCUUUGUCAUUCUGACGGAUUUUCAAUAUGCCGCCAUAUAUGGGAAGAUCCCGAAUAAGGCCUCUCAAAGUUCAGGUGCUCAAGGUUCUUGAGGCGUUAUUCCAAAAUGCCCCACAUUGCACCAUGCCAAAAGACGGAUCACCCACUGAGAUACAUGUGUCAAGUUUCUCGAGCUCCGAAAUUCAAAGUUCAUUUCGAGCCCAAAUGGUGAAUCAUGGUGCCAACUGAUCUCCGUCUCAGAGUCCCUUGACAAUCGCGCUGGUUGAGGCUGUGCACUUUUUUCCUCCCCCAAACGGCUCAAAUGCUUCCCCGCGAUGAUAGGAACGAAUAAAAGGACGGCCUCGAGACUGCCGGCCUCUCGUUCUCGUUCUCUUGGUCCCUCGCAAUUUCCUCGUUCAGUCCUCGAGAACCAUCCGACGGAAGAGCGUGGUGCCAUUGCUAUUGGUUACAGAUUGAGUCAAAGUAUGGGUGGUGGAUUUCAGAAAACUUGCCUCUCGGUCUCGAUUUGCUGCGCUGUGCUGUUCUCGUUCAUGGUGGUGGAGUCCAUGGGUGGCUUAGUAGCCUACAAGUACAGUCCCUUGGGCGGUGAGCUCAGAUUCAUUCGAAAUCCUCAGCGACCCAUGGUACAAAGGGGUCAUUUCAACAGUCUACCGCGAUCUUUCGGCUACUCUGGCCGAUUCGACCCCGAGCCCGCCGCCCCUCUGUCCUCGGAUGAGUCGGUCGAGCGCGAAUUGCUUUCCAAACCCGAUAUCCCCGACAUCCUGGAUAUGCCACACGAGCGGCGGAAUCCCUUUGAGAGCUUUCUUCGUCUGUGGACCACACCUGGAAAUGGUCGGAUUCGCACUGGACCCAAAAUGAACUGGAAGCACUUUGUCCAGCAGCAGUAAACAAUCCCACAUUGAUUGGCUGCCUUACAAGAUGAUGAUGACUUCGGGUAUAUUAUCAUGGGUUGUUUUGUCUCAUUUCAUCAUUUGUGCUCUAACGAUGUCAUUCUUGUGACUUUUCACUUUCACUUCGUACAGUUCAGGACAAGGUGGUGAUCUUCAAAACCCCUUUCAAAAAGAUUGUUUGUCAUGUUCUUUGGCACCAAAUACAUCGCACAUGACUUUCGACAAACGGA